AUGUCCGUUAUAGCUUUCCAAACAGUCAGGGUCAAGUUCAAAUCACUUAUGCCAUGGCAAUUUUUUUGUCCAUUUUGCAGAUAUCGGCUAAGAAGCAAGGUUGAGAUAGAUAAUGUAAGUGAGGAGUUUUUGUGCUGGCAAAGAUUUGGAAGUGAUGUCGCACAUUCUGAACCUUCCACUCAAGAACCCGAGGCUCAAUCCAUUGGAUGGGGACAAGGCAGUGACCAUGCUGCUGAGUCAUCUGCACAAGGGAACGGUCAUGGUUGGCAGUGGCUCAAAGAUCCUCGGCUUGACAUUCUUGGCUACAGAGGAAUAUUUCCAGCUGAUACAAUACCACCACUUGUUGAGGCUGACAAAGAAGCAGAUGAACGCCAUUAUUUGCUUUGGCGUAUAGAAAAUGGGGUUGCAGAAGGCUCAACUGAGAUACCAAAAGGUGAAGCAAUCCCACUCGAGUACAAUCUUGCAGGCCUGAAUGCUAUUUCAUUCGACAAGGGGUGCUAUAUUGGUCAGGAGCUGAUCGCACGCACACACCACCGUGGUGUCAUCAGGAAGCGCCUGAUACCCUUGAAGUUUGUAGAUGAAAAUGACAAAGAACUCGAGCAGGCUGUUGCUCCUGGCUCAGAUGUCGUGGACGACGCCUCUGGUAAGAAAGUGGGUACGGUAAGCACCGCUCUCGGCAGCCGUGGGAUGGGUCUGUUGCGGCUCGAAGCAGCACUGAAGGAAAACGCUAUCCUUGCCAUCAGCGACAACAGAGAUGUGAGGGUCAAGGCGAUUAAGCCAGACUGGUGGCCGGCUGAGUGGACAGAGGUCUUAGCACAGCAGAGCGCAGUCGCUUGA